AUGUCCGAAUACCAUCCAUUAUUUGACACCGACUACCCACUGAAAACUUUCAUUUUCAUUAUUACUAUUUUCGCUCUUUCUAGUGGCUGGUGGGUUCACAGAAAUUACAGAUCUCACAGCACAUCUCCAAAAACGCCUGCAAAAGCGCCUGCAAAACCGAAGAAUUAUGGUACGGAGAAACGACGUGAAAGGCGAUCUGGUAACUGGCAGACACCUGGGUCACCUGGUAAAAAUGUACGAUCCAAGACGACUCGAUGUCCAAGCAUAUUCCGACGUUUCAAAGAUGCCAUUUCUUGGAAUGGAGGUGAUGGUCGUGGAUUGUGGAAAGAGUACUCCGCUGAACCUAUCUUGCACGAAUCUACAAUGAGGGCACUAUUGAAAGUCGAGGGCGAUCUCUUGAGGGUUGUAUUUCCUGAAGACAAUGUCUCUGCAAAAUUCAAACAUCCCAGAUCGCAAGUUACCACGUCUAAACUCCCUCCAAAAAGCUCACCAGCCACUCAAUCUGAUAUUGGGUACGAACAUAAAGUGUUUGGACCUAGUAUUGCUCAAGAAAAAGCAGAUGCCUCUGCUGUCUGUAGUGUCAAAAUUCUCACUGUGAAGUCUCGCGAUCCUCUCACAUACAUCAAGUCUCAUGAUACAGAGGAUAAGAUACCAGAGCUAGUUGUUGUUGAUGAGCUAGUUUCUUGA